AUGCCUGUCCGCCUUCGCCUGGCCAUGCAUGGCCAAAGAAACAACCGCAUAUUCCACCUUGUCGCGAUAGACCUGCGGAAGCGGCGCGACGCAAAGCCUAUCGAGACGCUUGGCAUCUAUGAUCAACGUCUGCGCCUUGGUCAGAAACACAAGACAAUGGAGUGGAGCGUAGACCGCAUCAAGUACUGGCUAGAGAAAGGUGGAGCUCUUCCGAGCAAGUCAGUGGUGAAGCUCCUUGAGAAGGGUGGUGUCAUACCACCGGACUCGAAGUACCACCCAAAGGCUACUGGGCCGCGC